UUGAACGCGUCACUGAAUCAACAUGGCGGCGGCUAGGGUGCUCGCAAGAGGUGUCCGAUUGGGUUCAUAUAGCAUCGGUAGAAGUCGCAGUUUAAUAUUUAACACUGUACAGGGACGAGGAAUAGCAGCUUGCAUUGAUCCCUCUAUAGGACUCACAGAUGAACAAAAAGAGUUUCAAAAAGUAGCAUUUGACUUUGCUGCCAAUGAGAUGGCACCACAUAUGGCAGAAUGGGACCUAAAGGAAAUUUUCCCUGUGGAGGCCAUGAGGAAAGCCGCCCAGUUGGGGUUUGGAGGGAUUUACGUGAACCCUGAUGUUGGGGGGUCUGGACUCUCUCGUCUGGACACCUCUAUCAUAUUUGAGGCUUUAUCCACAGGCUGUGUCAGCACUACCGCAUACAUCAGUAUUCACAACAUGUGUGCCUGGAUGAUAGACACAUUUGGAAACAAUGAGCAGAGGGAGAAAUUCUGUCCUGAUCUGUGCGUUAUGCAGAAGUUUGCCUCAUACUGUCUCACAGAACCUGGUAGUGGGAGUGAUGCCGCUUCACUUCUAACCAGCGCGAAACUCCAAGGAGAUCAUUAUAUCCUGAAUGGCUCCAAGGCGUUCAUCAGUGGAGGUGGAGACACAGAUGUUUAUGUGGUGAUGUGCAGGACAGGUGGGAAGGGACCUAAGGGCAUCUCCUGCCUGGUGGUUGAAAAAGGAACCCCUGGACUCAGCUUUGGCAAAAAAGAGAAGAAGGUAGGUUGGAACUCGCAGCCAACCCGAGCCGUGAUAUUUGAGGACUGCGCUGUGCCAGUGACCAACCGGCUUGGAGCAGAGGGGGAGGGCUUCAACAUUGCCAUGAAAGGCCUUAAUGGAGGCAGAAUUAAUAUUGCUUCUUGUUCCCUUGGAGCGGCUCACGCAUCUGUGCUUCUGGCCCGAGAUCACAUGUGUGUGCGGAAACAGUUUGGAGAAACACUAUCGAACAGCCAGUUCCUGCAGUUUAAGCUGGCUGAGAUGGCCACUAAGCUGGUAGCUUCUCGGCUGCUGGUGCGUCAGGCGGCGGUGGCUCUGCAGGAGGGGAGACCGGAGGCGGUCUCGCUCUGCUCAAUGGCCAAACUCUUCGUGACAGAUGAGUGUUUUUCAAUAUGUAACCAGGCCUUACAGAUACAUGGAGGUUAUGGUUACCUAAAGGACUAUGCAGUGCAGGUCUUUAUUUUAUCUAUUUAUCUUUUGUAUUUUUUUUUAGGUACUAAUGAAGUGAUGAGGAUGAUCAUUGCAAGAAGUUUGCUCACUGAGUCAUGAUGCUCAUAAAUGGACUCCUUAACGGGACAAAACCGUUUGUGUCUUCAUUGUCUAAAAUGUUCAUCACAGAUAUAGGGUUAAGUGACCGUUAUAUAUUUAUAUGUCCCACAUGUGACUAUAGAGAUAACUGCUCUUUCACACUCCAGCGUCUGUUGAGUUUGAUCAUGAGAUGUAGACAGUAUUUUAUGCAGAAAGUUUGUGCCUUAAACUUGUGAAUUAGUCAAUCUAGAUUAUAGUGAUUAUUAUAAAAGCACACUGAGGAAUUUGGUUUGUUUAGAGUCAAAAUACUGUCAGGUUACGAAAUGUAACCUGUAAAGAAAAACACUGGCUAUAACAUUAAAGUGAAACAUUUACAAAAGUUACUGAAACAAUUUAGUUGAAAUCAUAUAAUUAAGGCUAAUAAAUCCUCAAAUCUAACCCUUUUAUGUACAUAUAGAUAUCAGAUUAAUUCAAUAUUCAGAACUUACUUUUUUAUCACAGACAGCUGUCUUUGUGAGCACAGAAAAUCCUAUCAGUUCAAGUGUGGCUUUAUAUUGUUUGUCCUCAUUACACAAUAUGUAUAAAUCUUACCCUCGUGUUGUUUUGAAAAUGACUCUUGAGCUGUUGUGCACCCUGUAAAAUAAAAUAUAAAAGCUGUUUGGUGAAACUUUCCACAAAGGCA